UAUAAUAUCUAUAACAACUUUUGUUUUUGACAACAAGUAACGUGUUUGAAGUUAGAAGGGUGUAUUGAUGAUUCACUCGGCCACUCAGCAUCAGAACAAAGUUAUGUUACGAAAUAAUCCGUUGAGUAGAUAACAUGAAACCCUGAUCCCGACUGAUUGUACUUUCUCUGUACCUUCCCUUGAUCUUCAGUAGUAUAGGUACACGUGUUCUUUUCUUUGUACAUUUUAUUGUGGAGUUGCCAUAUUAGUAGCGUUCUGUUUUAUUUGCGAUUUCAAACCAUCACAGUGAUAGGUAUUAUUGGGAUGAUCGCUUCUGGUGAUAGGCAACAUACUUGAUAGAAAGACAAUCCGUCCUAACGCAUCUAUUAAAAGAACAGGCAUCUAUUAAGCAGUUUCGGGUUCGUCUUAUCGAUGAAAAAGGGGAUAGUAUCCUCUUACCAGCGGAUGAAGAGACUGCUCUCCAACCCUGGAGACAUCCCCCCGGAGGAAGCACCCGUCCGGAAGAAACCAGAGAUCCUCCAUCUGGGACUACAGCCUCGCGAGUCUGCACCGUCUACUUCAGAGGAACCACCCGGACUUGAUCCGUUCUAUGACGAGAUUAACAUGUCAGUUGAUGAAGGUAGCAAGAUUGACGAGGAGAGCCAGGGAGAAGGUGAUGAAGAGACCCAGAGAGAAGAUGACGAGGAGUUUGAGUACAGUUAUGCUAGGCUGGAUAGACGUUUCAGCACUGGUAGUGGUCACAAGAAGAAACAACCCCCUGUCACCCCUCGCCCUCGGAUAGAGUUAGAACCCAUGUAUGAUACUGUUGAUAGAAAGAACAGCUCGUCAGGAAACCAUGAAGAAGAAGAGGAAGAGACUUAUUCUCUCCUGCAUAAAAUCCCCAUACCUCAAAAUAAAGAAGAAGAAGAAGAGAGAUUUAGUCAAGGCCACUAUGAUGACAUAACAGAGUUCCAAGGAAGAAUGUUCUUAGUGACAGCUGAGGAGCCCAUAAAAAGGCGACAAAGUAACAACAAACCAAUCAACCUACCUUCUUCAUCCGAACAGAACCUAUCUCAAGGUGACAAGAGAAAGAGUGUUCACUUGGAGCUCCUAUCCAAAAUGCAGACUCACUUAAAUGCGGGUGCACUUAAAGCAGCGCUUAACAAACGCUUCUCUGUACAAAUUGAGUCUAAUGGACCUGAUGAGGAUGUUCCAAUAUAUAAAUUAGCUAACAACCAACCCCAGAAGAAGGAACUAGAGAUGACUUACAGCACUCAACUCCAACCCCAUAAGAAAGAACUAGAGAUGACAUACAGCACUCAACUCCAACCUCAGAAGAAAAAACUAGAGAAAACGUACAGCACUCAAUUGCAACCCCAGAAGAACCAACUCCAGAAAACGUACAGCAACCACUUGCAGCUACACUCUCUGGCGUCUCUGAACCUCAUUUCUAGUGUUGCUGAAGAGGGUAACAAGGAUACAGAGGAUUGGGAUGACGAUGUGGAGGGUCUGUACGAUACUCCAGAUGAAUACUCUAUACAAAGAGGAGACAAUUGGAGGGGCAGAUAAAAAGAUUUACAGCUAAUCGAUUCCUUAUAAUAUAAGGUGAAAAAUAAGACAUGAAGUAUAUCAGAGGAACUCUUAGGAAGUUAAGAAACUGCUUGUUCGGCAGAAGGCAUUUCACAUGAUUUAAAAUGAAACAGAAAAUGCCACUUUUUAUAAUUUGGUUUUAAGUGGACACUUAACUGGUUGUUGUUAUUUUUGUGAAUGUCGUUAUAAUUAUGGAAUCCUAUGAUUUGAGAAAGUCUUAGACGUUUUUUUACUUUAAAACUGUUGUUACACAUCAAAAGUGGCGUAUGAAGAUCGUAAA